GAUAAUCARCCCGACCGCACAACACACAGCCAGUACAGCACGAUACCCGACCCCGAAACAGCAAACCACCACCAUGACCGAUUUCAUCGAAGAACAAGACGCGGUUCACGCCAUCAAGAAGUUAAUGUCGGGGUUUUGCAGCCCUCGCAAGGGCCUCUCCGCUGCGCCGAGCUACGAGGAAGACGAUGCCGAAGCAACAAACAAGUACGCUCCGGACCUGGCUCCCCAGACCCCGUCCAAGCAGGGAGUUUUGGAAACCCCUCCCGCGACCCCGGAAUCCGAGGACAUCGCCCAAAAGGAAGACGAGACCGAGGUAGUCCCCGAGGAAAAGCCCGAAGAACCGGACCAGCCUGCUCCCGCUGAAACCGAGGAAACGCCGCCGGCACCGACGCCUACCGAUGAUUCCGAGGCGCCCAAGAAAGCGACCGAGAUCCAAAAGGCACGCGGCCCCGAGAAUUUCAUCCUGAAGUGUAUAUUCCUCCUGGUCACGGUGCUCGCCCUCAAGAAGCUCGGGUUCACGACGUCGGACCUCGAUCUGGGGGCUCUGGUGGGCGGUGGCAACGGCUCGAGCCCGUCGUGGAUCGAGGUCGUCGACAAACAAGAGUCYGUCGGGGAAACGAUCGCCAAAGAGGUCCCRGUACCACCGGAAUCCGAGGAAGAACCCGUGGUUGCCGAAGCCGUCGAACAGGAAGAGGUCGUCGCAACGGAGGAAACUUAUGGCGGGAGCCCCACCGAGGCAACCACCGACGCAACCACCGAAGCAACCACCGAAGGCGAAUUGUAAGGACGGAGUACAGCAAGCAAAACCA